AGGCAAAUAUCCCGCCCACGCGCUAAUUCCGAGGCGGAGAUCAGAGAGAGCUGAAUUUUGCUGUUUGAGGAUUAAUUAAUUUAAUUCCUCUUCUGUUAUAGGUGUUAUUCGUCUGUUCAGACUCGAUGCUACGCUGUAAACACUCUUGUAAUGUCUUACUCACGGGUUAUCUGGACACCUUUCAUUUGUGUCUCCAUCUAAUUCAUUCACUAAGAGGAAUAUUCCCAUCAGGCUCAAGUGAAGAGUUUACUGAAGGACAGCGAGAACAUGAGUGAUCCAGAACCCUGCAGAAUUAAACCUGAAGAUGCUGAACAACAAAUAGACCUAAUUGAAGAAAAUGUGGCGAGUAAAGAAAAGGAACGUCAUGUCAAAGUUGAGGAAAAAAAUCAUUUACAGACUUCUGGAGACAAGAAUCAUUUCGCCUGCACUCAGUGUGGAACGAGUUGUAGCAGAAAAAGCCAUCUUAAGGUUCACAUGAGGAUCCACACUGGAGAGAAACCAUUCACCUGCACUCAGUGUGGGAAGAGUUUCAGCGUCUUGUCAAACCUUAAUAAACACAUGAAGAUCCACACUGAAGAGAAACCAUUCAUAUGCACUCAGUGUGGGAAGAGUUGUAGAAGAAAAGAAGAUCUUAAGGUUCACAUGAGGUUCCACACUGGAGAGAAACCAUUCACAUGCACUGAGUGUGGGAAGAGUUUCAGGCUGUCGCAACAACUUACUCAUCACAUGAGGAUCCACACUGGAGAAAAACCAUUCACUUGUUCUCAGUGUGGGAAGAGUUUCAUCCAGUUAUCAAACCUUAAUGAUCACGUGAAGAUCCACACUGGAGAGAAAUCUUUCACAUGUUCUCAGUGUGGGAAAAACUUUAGCCGUUCAUCAACCCUUAAUAAUCACAUGAGGAUCCACACUGGAGAGAAACCAUUCCCAUGCACUGAGUGCGGGAAGGUUUUCAGGCUGUCGCCACACCUUACUCAACACAUGAGGAUCCACACUGGAGAGAAAACAUUCACAUGUUCUCAGUGUGGGAAGAGUUUCAUCCAGUUAUCAAACCUUAGUAAUCACAUGAAGAUCCACACUGGUGAGAAACCAUUCACAUGCACUCAGUGUGGAAAGAGUUUUAUCUUCUCAUCAUCCCUUAAUAAUCACAUGAAGAUCCACUCCGGAGAGAAACCAUUCACAUGCACUCAAUGUGGGAGGAGCUUCAUACUAUCAUCAAACCUUAAUCAACACAUGAGGAUCCACACUGGAGAGAAACCAUUCACAUGCACUGAGUGUGGGAAGAGCUUCAGUCAUUCUUCAUGCUUUAAAUUCCACAUGAACAUCCACACCGGAGAGAAACCAUUCACGUGUUCUCAGUGUGGGAAGAUUUUCAGAUCCUCGCCAAACCUUAAUCAACACAUGAAGAUCCACACUGGAGAGAAACCAUUCACAUGCACUCAGUGUGGGAAGAGUUUCAACCAAUCAUCUGACCUUAAUCAACACAUGAAGAUCCACACUGAAGUAGGCAUGGGAUAACCGUUUUCAAGGUUUGGAAAAGUCAAGGUUUUAGAACCACCAAAAUGUUCUGCUAUAUUGUUCCUAUGGUGUGUGUCAGUCUUUUUAUUUACAUUUUUUUUGUUUUUGUGUUUAGUACAACAGUGUCUUCAGCAGAAAUGAGAUCUAAAAUGCCUUUUUAAACUGUAAAUUAAUCUGUGUUUCUGAAACUAAUGAAGGCAGCAGAAGUCAGUGAUUCAUUUGAAUUAUUCAGCCUGACAUGUUUACUGCUCCACAAUCAA